CAUAAUUUCAUUUUCUUGGAAAUUCAUGUGAUCCACUUACAUACUUUUUUCUUUCUUUUGUGAAGGGUACUUACGUACUAUAAAUAACCCCAUAUAAAUAACCUUAGGGUAGCUUAGGCUUACAACUAGGCUCAUCCUGUCUAAACUCAGCCUUACUACUCAACAUAAUAAUGUCUUCGUACAACUUUGAAGCCCCAUCUAAGCUAUCCCAGCUUCCUCCUGAAGGACAAUGGACUACUGGCUUUAAUGACUGCUUCGAGGAUCGCGAUCAUUGCCUCAAAACCUGUUUUUGCCCUUGCAUCACCAUGGGAGAGAUUGCUGAAAUCAUUGAUGGAGGCACUACAUCGAAGCAGAAAGCAUGCUUCCGUUAUGCUAUACUUCCUUCAGGAUGCCGAGCAAUGUACGCGGCUGGGUAUAGAAGAAGACUGAGAGAGAUGUUUAAACUGCCAGAAGAGCCACAUAAUGAUUGUCUUGUUCAUGAUUGUUGCUGCAUUUGUGGCCUCACCCAAGAGUAUCGUGAGCUUAAGAAUCGUGGAGCAGAUCCUUCUUUAGAAAAGAACAGGAACUGCGUAUAUGUUCACAUUGAUCAUGCAAGUGAUGUUACUAAAAUGCAAAAUAGGUUGGGAAGGCAAUAUGGAGAAAUGGAAUGGAGAAGGACUGAAAGAGCCACCAAUUCCCACCCGCAUGGCUCGUUGCUAGCUCUGAUUCCGUAAAUAUCUACCUCCUCAGUCCUCACGUUUAUGAUAUAAUGAAUUUAUGUCCAUGUGAUCUGCCACGGUCAUGUUAUGUACUUAUAAUAUAUCAAGCUUUAAACUUCGACGUAUUGCGGGGUUUGUUUGGCGAUGCAAUCGUUGGUUGUAUACCUCUGCAGCUUUCUUUUGCUCUUAAAAAGUGUCCUAUGCAUUGUAUAUACAUAACUAUGUUAAGCACUUCAUAAUUAAAGGUUGAUUACUAUGUAUGUACUGUACAAGACAAUGUUAUCAUAUGUGUGCCAAUAAUUUAAGGUUGAUUGCUGCAUA